GUGUUUGUACUUUUCUCAUAGUUUCUGAAUGAAAGAAUGUGUAGACUGUAGGAACAUCUCAGAAUCUUUAGCACACUUUUCUCUUUAAUCUGUGAUAUUCUAGAUUUCUAGGCGUCUCGUUUCUCAAACAUUAUAAGAAAAACAACAUGUAAAAAAAACGUUACGGAAUUUCACUCCGGUAGCAGAGAUGGCUGGCCGGAGCGAAAUAGAACUGAUAUCGUCUCGAACAUUGAGUUUCCUUGGAGAGAAAACCACUAUGGUCAAAGCACGUUCGAAGAACGAAUCAAUACAUUCAUACAACCCACUAUUACUCUAUCAGGAAAAUUAAUUGGACCAAUGUUUGUUUGUCUGAAAGAGAACCAAGGUCAAAUGUAAGUGAACUCAACUGUUCAAGUCUGCGUUUGACUGAUUUCUAUACAAAUAUUCCGUUUAUCCAAAUCAUCAUCGAAUAUGAAUCUGAUAUUUGAAUACUUUUAGGAGUGAUCGAAUCAAAGAAAAUCUCUUCAAUGCUAGCAACGUUGUUGUAACAUGCCGCGCAAGUGGUAAAUUGACCACAUCAUUAGUGUCAACAGUACCAAAACAUGCAACAACAAUGAUUUUACAAAAAUGUUUUUCAAUUAUAUUAAAUAUACUUAGUUUUAUAAGAAACGUAAAAAAGUCUAAGAAUGUCAAUAUAUCAUUAGUGUCAUAUUGGGUCGACAAGGUACUUCGUCCAUCUCUUUCAGGGACAACUCUGUUGAUCCCUGAUUGCUGGAAUGGACAAGGUGAUAAUAAAGGUUUCUACGAUGGUAUAAAAGGUCUUUUUCGUGUUGAAACUCCAGCAAAAACAACAUCUUAUCGACAACCCUUAGAUAUUUAUUUCAAUCGUCAACCCAAGGUUCUUCCCGUCGAAUCUAUGACUGGGUCAUCCUCCACGAAAUUAAUAUUCACAUGGGGAAAAGAAACAAUUUGA